GCACAACCAAAAUAAACAUGGCGACUUGCAGUGAGUUGCCAGUGAUAUAAUCCACCAAGUCUUCUUAAACAAAAUAAUCAUGACAACCCAAGUCUGCCAAGUAGCAAUGGCCCAGUUUGUCUCUGGGCUGAAAAGCCGAAAUGAGGAAACGAGAACAAAGACAGCCAAUGAACUUCACCAUUUUGUUAGCACUGAGCUCCGAGAGAUGCCAACUGAAGAACACACAAAGUUCAUGGAUGAUUUCAAUCACCAUAUCUUUGAAAUGGUUUCAAGCUCAGAUCUGAAUGAAAGGAAGGGAGGAAUACUCGCCAUUGUAAGCCUGAUAGGUAUAGAUGUGGGUAAUGCCGCCACCCGCAUCAGCAGAUUUGCAAACUACCUGCGUAACUUGUUGCCUAGCAAUGAUGCAGUUGUCAUGGAAAUGGCAGCCAAGGCAAUGGGUAUUCUAGCCCUGUCAUCUGGGACCAAUGCUGCAGAGUAUGUUGAAUUUGAGGUGAAGCGCUCCCUAGAAUGGUUGGAUGGGGACAGGAAUGAAGGAAAGAGACAUGCUGCGGUUCUGUGUUUCCGAGAGCUUGCUGUGAAUACCCCAACCUUCUUCUUCCAACAAAUUCAGCCAUUUUUUGACUGUAUCUUUACAGCUGUGAGGGAUCCCAAGCCGAUGAUUCGAGAGGGUGCCGUGGCAGCAUUACGGGCAGCCCUGACAGUAACAUCACAGAGGGAGGGAAAGGCCAGCCAGACAUCACAGUGGUACAAGCAAUGUUUUGAUGAAGUGGACAAGCAGUAUGACGACGCUAUUUUACGGGAGAAGAAACUAUCCCGGGAUGACUGGGCCCACGGUUCCCUGCUGAUUAUAAAUGAACUGCUCCGGUGUAGCAAUGUGGAGGGGGAGAGGCUGAGAAACGACAUGGAGGAGAUUACAGCCCAGCAGUACAUGCAUGAGAAAACUGUCAAGGAGUAUUCCCGUCAAGGUAAGCUUCACGCCAGCGUUGUGGCCCUGCAGAACUUCAAACACAAGACAUCUCCUCUCAACAGUUUUGGGCUUGGGUCCCGACAGAUCUCCCGCAAACCCACGCUAUUCGAGAGCAGGUUCUGUAAGGAACUCAUGGCACAAAAUUUUGACAAGGUGUGUGCCCUGGUGUUGCGACACAAAGGCAGCAGAAGUGCGUACGUUCAACAAACCCUACUGGUUGUGUUCCCGAGAAUGGCAGCCUUCAAUCCUGAUGUCUUCUGUAGACUAUAUCUUGAGGAGACAAUUAUGUUUCUGCUGGGCUUUCUGAAGUCCAACAAGGACAAAGCUGCAGCGUUUCAAGCCAUCGGGCUGCUGGCAGUCUCUGUACAACAAAACAUCAAGCGCUACAUGAUCAGGAUCAUGGAACAGAUUCGACUUGCUCUACCAUCCAGGGAGACACAGACUAAGAAACACAAGAACUUCACGGUGGACCCUACAGUGUUUACUUGUAUAAGCAUGCUGGCCAAGGCCAUGGGCCAGGGUCUGUACAAGGAUGUCCACGAGAUGUUAGAGUCCAUGUUGUCCACAGGGCUGAGUCCAGCACUCACUGCUGCCCUGAAGGAUCUCGCUAUACAGAUACCGAACCUCAAGAAGGAGAUACAGGAGGGCCUACUGAAGGCCCUUUCCAUGAUAUUGAUGGGCCGACCUCUGAAGCAUCCCGGGGCUCCCAGAAGCCCUGUUCCCAGCGGGCUACCAGCCAGUGCAUCGUCCGCAGGCACUGACAGCCAUGAUGUGACAAGCAUUACACUAGCCCUCAAAACACUGGGGACGUUUGACUUUGAAGGUCACUCCCUGACUCAGUUUGUUCGCUACUGUGCGGAAAAUUACCUGUCCAGCGAACACAAGGAGAUCAGGACUGAGGCUGUUAAAACGUGUGCACGACUCCUUACACCCCUUUUGAAUUUAUUAGCCAGUAACCAGGGUCAGGUUAGCAUGGCUGCAAUGAACACAGUGGCCGAGGUCCUUAACAAACUGCUGGUGGUCGGGAUUACUGAUGUCGACCCAGACAUCCGUCUAUGUGUGCUUGGGUCUCUGGAUCAGAGAUUUGAUGACCACUUGGCGCAAGCAGAGAAUCUCAGUGCCCUGUUUGUGGCUCUCAAUGAUGAGGUUUUUGAGAUAAGAGAGAUUGCCAUUUGUAUGAUUGGAAGACUCAGUAGCAAGAAUCCUGCCUUCGUCAUGCCCUCCCUGAGAAAGACUCUUAUACAGAUUCUAACAGAGCUGGAACACAGCGGUGUGGGUAGGAACAAGGAGCAGGCUGCUCGUAUGUUGGGCCAUCUCGUGGCCAAUGCGGCCAGGCUUAUAAGGCCAUACAUGGACCCCAUACUUAAGGCUCUUAUUCCUAAGUUGAAGGAUCCAGAUCCAAACCCGGCUGUCACAAUCAGUGUGCUAGCAGCCAUAGGGGAGCAGGCUCAGGUGAGCGGUAUAGAGAUGAGAAAGUCCAUGGACGAGCUCCUGCCCAUCAUCAUUGACAUGCUUCAAGACUCCUCCGCUCUACAGAAAAGAGAGGUGUCACUGUGGACUAUGGCCCAGCUGAUAGAGAGUACAGGCUAUGUGGUGGAGCCCUACAAGAAAUACCCCAAACUGCUCGAGAUACUCCUGGAAUUUCUGAAGACAGAACAGGCCACUGGAAUUAGGAGGGAGGUGUUGAGAGUGUUGGGCGUUCUAGGAGCCCUUGACCCUCACAAACACAAGAUGAACUUAGGGCUCAUUCAGUUGGGGGAGGCUGGCACAGUACUCAGCUUGUCAGAUCCAAAGGGUGGCAUGGAGGCUACACUUGAUGAGAACACCAGUGAAAUGCUUGCCAACAUGAGUGCUUCCUCCACUCUGGAAGAGUUCUACCCAGCCAUCGCCAUAGCAACACUAAUGCGUAUCAUCCGGGACCCGACCCUCUCAAAACACCAUACCAUGGUUGUCCAGGCCAUCACGUUCAUCUUCAAGAGCCUGGGGAUCAAGUGUGUGCCGUACAUUCAGCAAGUCAUACCCGCCUAUCUAACUGUGAUUAGAACAGCUGAGCAUAACUUCAGAGAUUUCCUGUUCCAACAGCUGGGUCUCAUCAUUGCCAUUGUCAAGCAGCACAUCAAGCCUUACCUGGACGAUAUCUUCAGUCUUAUCAAGGAGUUUUGGACACCCAACAGUGCAAUGCAAAACACCAUCAUCCUGUUAAUAGAGCACAUAGUGACAGCCUUGGGCACAGACUUUAAGGUGUUCCUACCCCAGAUAGUACCGCAGAUAUUGAAGGUGUUCAUGCACGACUCCAGUAGUCAAAGGGUCGUCACUGCCAAGUUGUUGACUGCCCUACAGCUGUUCGGAGCUAAUCUGGAUGACUAUCUGCACCUGCUUCUGCCCCCUGUGGUCAAGAUGUUCGACUCCUCCGACAUACCCAUACCUGUCCGGAGAGUAGCCCUCGAGACAGUGGAUCGUCUAGCCGACACGUUAGACCUGACUGACUUUGCUUCCCGGAUAAUCCAUCCCCUGUCACGUACCCUGGACCUUACGCCGGACCUUCAACAAACUGCCAUGGACACGCUGUGUGCUCUCGUGCUACAGCUGGGGCCCAAGUUCGUUAUCUUUGUUCCCAUGAUUACAAAGAUAACAACCAAACAUAAGAUUCAACAUCAGAGGUUUAAUAUCCUCAUGUGCAGGAUUUUGAAGGGCUCAACCCUAGCCGAAGAAGAGGAGGACCCAAUCAUGUUGUUGUACCGCCGGAACCGGGAAAAGGCCGUCGAGUCGGAGAAAAACAAGACUGAACAGACAACCAUUAAGAAGCUUCAUGUCAGCUUUCAGAACCUGCAGACGGCACUAGGCAAGGGUCGUCGUGAAUCUAAGGAAGACUGGAUGGAAUGGCUAAGAAAACUAAGUAUUGAGCUGUUGAAGGAGUCCCCCUCACCUGCCCUGCGAUCAUGCUGGGCUCUGGCACAGUCCUACAACCCUCUUGCCAGAGACCUGUUCAAUGCAGCAUUUGUGUCGUGUUGGACUGAGUUGACAGAGGAACAGCAGGAUGAGCUCAUAAACAGCCUGGAGCAGGCCCUCACAUCGCAGGAAAUACCAGAAAUUACACAGACCCUCCUCAACCUGGCUGAGUUCAUGGAGCACUGUGACAAGGGCCCUCUACCACUUGAGGCCUCCUUACUAGGAGCACGAGCAAUGAAAUGUCGCGCCUACGCCAAGGCCCUUCAUUAUAAAGAAGAGGAGUUCCAUCGAGGCCCCACCACAGAUACUUUAGAGGCCCUGAUCAGCAUAAAUAACAAGCUCCAGCAGCCAGAGUCAGCUGCAGGUGUCAUGCAAUAUGCAGAGAAGCAUCAUAGGGCUGACCUGAAAAUCCAGGAGGGCUGGUAUGAGAAACUCCAUGAAUGGACACGAGCCCUGUCAGCGUAUGACAAGAAGCAGGAACAGAACCCAGAGAAUGAGAACCUUAUGCUGGGCCGCAUGCGAUGUCUUGAGGCGCUCGCAGAAUGGCAACAGUUGCAUCAGCUGGCGCUUGAGAAGUGGCCCACUGUUAGUGACGAUGUACGGAGUAAGAUGGCCACGAUGGCGUCGGCUGCUGCCUGGGGCUUAGGUCACUGGGACAGUAUGGAGGAGUACAUGCUGUUUAUCCCGCGGACAUCCUACGACGGUGCAUUCCACCGUGCGGUGUAUGCCGUACACUCUGAACAGUACCAACUGGCUCAGCAAUGUAUAGACAAGUCACGUGACAUCCUGGACACUGAACUGACCGCUAUGGCUGGGGAGAGCUAUAGCAGGGCAUAUGGGUCGAUGGUUCAUGUUCAAAUGUUGUCCGAGCUGGAGGAGGUGAUACAGUUCAAGCUGGUGCCGGAGAGACGGGAGUCCAUCAAACAAAUGUGGUGGGACAGACUUCAGGGGUGUCAGCGUGUGGCAGAGGACUGGCAGCGAAUCAUCCAAGUGCGGUCUCUUGUUGUUUCCCCAAUGGAGGACAUGAAAACUUGGCUUAAGUAUGCCAGCCUCUGUCGCAAGAGUGGAAGACUGGGAUUGUCACACAAGACGCUGGUGAUGCUGCUGGGCACAGACCCCAGUAAACACCCAGAACAGCCCAUACCCACAACCCAUGCACAGGUCACCUUUGCCUACCUGAAACACAUGUGGAAAAACAACCAGCGGAAUGAUGCCUACAAGCGUCUCCAGCAUUUUGUGUCCCACUCCCUGCAGACCCGGGCCAUCCAGCUGCUGGCACCAGAAGAUGUAUCACAGAGGACGGAGCUUAACAAACUCAUGGCUAGGUGUUACCUGAAGCUCGGAGACUGGUCUGAGGCCAAUAUGGUCUUCAGUGAACAGACAAUUCCACAGAUCCUAGAAUACUUCAGCCUGGCCACGGAGCAUAAUAAGAAUUGGCACAAGGCCUGGCACCAGUGGGCUUUAAUGAAUUAUGAGGCCGUUCUCUUCUACAAGCAGAAGGAUUUGGGCUCCAGUCAGAACCAAGAAAUUAACCUGCCCAUAACACCCAGACCUGACACGAUUUCCGCCAAGAUUCACAAGUACUGCGUGCCUGCGGUGGUUGGGUUCUUCAAGUCUAUCAAUCUCUCCAACCAGAACAGCCUCCAGGACACUCUUAGACUGUUGACCUUGUGGUUUGACUAUGGACAGUGGCCGGAGGUACAUGAAGCACUCAUUGAUGGAAUCAAGGCCAUCAAGAUCAGUGAAUGGCUCCAGGUGAUUCCCCAGCUGAUAGCUCGAAUAGACACGCCCCGCACCCUGGUGGGACGCCUGAUCCACCAGCUACUGAUGGACGUGGGGAAAGAACAUCCACAGGCUUUGAUCUACCCGCUGACUGUGGCGUCCAAGUCUGCAGUGCAGGCCCGCCAGAACGCUGCCAAUAAGAUCCUGAAAAACAUGCGAGAACACAGUAACACCCUUGUGCAACAGGCCAUACUGGUCAGUGAAGAGCUGAUCCGUGUGGCAAUCCUGUGGCACGAGUUAUGGCACGAGGGCCUGGAGGAGGCGUCACGUCUCUAUUUCGGGGAGCGGAAUGUGAAAGGAAUGUUCACCACUCUUGAACCGCUUCAUGCUAUGAUGGAGAGGGGACCGCAGACACUGAAGGAGACUUCAUUCAACCAGGCUUAUGGUCGUGAACUGAUGGAGGCUCAAGAAUGGUGUAAGAAGUACCAGCGGUCUGGCAACGUGAAGGACCUCACUCAAGCCUGGGACCUGUACUACCAUGUGUUCAGGAGAAUAUCCAAACAGCUCCCUCAGCUGACGUCCCUGGAACUCCAAUAUGUGUCACCUAAGUUGCUACGCUGCCAGGACCUUGAGCUAGCUGUCCCUGGCACGUAUGACCCUAAACAGCCUGUGUGCAAGAUCAGGAAGGCAUCCAGUUCACUUGCUGUCAUCACUUCUAAACAGAGGCCAAGGAAACUCUCCAUAUAUGGGAGCAAUGGUCAGGACUACCAGUUCCUGUUGAAGGGCCAUGAAGAUCUGAGGCAAGAUGAGCGUGUCAUGCAGCUGUUUGGACUUGUCAACUCUCUCCUCGUUAGCAAUCCUGAGACAUUCAGGAGGAACCUCAUGAUUACCCGCUUCUCAGUGAUUCCACUGUCUACCAACUCUGGACUGAUUGGCUGGGUGCCCCACACCGAUACCCUCCAUUCACUAAUCCGAGACUACAGGGAGAAGAAGAAGAUACUCCUCAACAUUGAACACAGGCUUAUGCUGAGGAUGGCCCCAGACUAUGACCACCUGUCGUUGAUGCAGAAGGUUGAGGUAUUUGAACACGCCCUGGAGCACACCCAGGGUGAUGACCUUGCCAAGAUCCUAUGGUACAAGAGCCCAAACUCUGAGGUAUGGUUUGACCGGCGUACCAACUACACACGAUCCCUGGCUGUCAUGUCAAUGGUGGGAUAUGUGCUCGGACUGGGAGAUAGACAUCCUUCAAACCUGAUGUUGGACCGGUUAAAUGGAAAGAUAAUCCAUAUUGACUUUGGUGACUGUUUUGAGGUGGCCAUGGUGCGGGAAAAGUUCCCGGAGAAAAUACCCUUUAGACUGACUAGGAUGCUUAUAAAUGCAAUGGAGGUAACCGGUAUAGGAGGAAACUACAAGAUGACGUGUGAAAGUGUAAUGACGGUGCUGAGGGAAAAUAAAGACAGCCUCAUGGCCGUCCUAGAGGCAUUUGUAUACGACCCCCUCCUCAACUGGAGGCUUAUGGAUGCUACAACAAAAGCGAAACCGAAGGCGAAGCGUUCAGCAGACCCGAGCUACUCAGAGAGCCAAGAGCAAGGUGACAACUUUGAAAAUGUUGAUCUGACACAAUCAAGCCACAAAAAAUCGGUGGCAGAGGUUGGCCAGUCAGCGGGCGGGGAUUCUUCAAAUGCAGAAAAUCUAAACAAGAAAGCCAUCAGUAUUGUGGAGCAUGUAAGGGCAAAGUUGACAGGCAAGGACUUCUCAGUGGAUGACCCAGUCGAUGUAGAGAAGCAAGUUAGCUUACUGAUUAAGCAGGCGACGUCUCAUGAAAAUCUGUGUCAGUGUUACAUUGGAUGGUGUCCUUUCUGGUAAAACCAGUUCGAUGUUGUUGACGAGGUGGUUAUUGUUCAUAUAUUUCUACUCAGCUGCAGCCAAUCAUUUAACACUGGUUAAUUCUUAGGUUUGGUUAAAGUUAGCCAAAACGUUUAUUGAUUGGUCAAAGUUAGCCAAAAUGUUUAAAGAUUGGUCAAUAUUUAUCCAAUAUUUACUGUUGACCAAUGAAAUGGCUUUUUUGUGCAAACAAUCCAAUAGAAAACCUGUGGAUAACUUGCAUUAUCCAGUUUUAUACAAUUGGCUGAUGAUGUCAUUGUUUUCUACCCGCCUUCUAUUAAUUAUAUGUAAGGAUUUGACAUGUACGAGCUAAACGUCUUCAUGGUAUUUUAUUCAAAUUGUAUAUAAGUUACUGGACAAGCAAUAUUUAUUAAAAAUAGUUAUUUCAUAAUGUUUUGUAAAAAUGUAUGAUCUUUGUGUAUUGGUUGAUUUUGUAACUUCAUAUUUCAAUGGCCAUGUUUUGAAGUUUUAGCUUUGUCAAGUCAACACAAUUAUGUUAACACUUGUGGUAUUUACACCAACAUCUGCCAAGUAAAUAAAAUUGUAAAUAUUAAAAAAUAGUACCAGUAAUAGUAAAUUGUUUUGCAGAUUAGAAAUAGAAAUAUGGCUAAUUAUAAAUCGGUACCAUCCAACCACUGUUUUGUACAUUUGUUUAUUUUGACAUUUUGAAUGUUUCAAGUAUUUUUUUAACUUAUACAGUGGUCAAAAUUAGCACAAGCCCACAAGCCCUGCACUGGUAAAAUGUCUUCCGGGCUUGCUCAAAUUCUGAAUUUUAUAUAGCAGGGCUUGUUCAAAAAUAUGAUUCCAUGCAAUAGUAUAAGAAUUCGGGCUUGUUCAUCCGAAAGUCUAAUUUCAAUGACUGCUUAUAUAUUGCUGUAUAUGUGCUGUAAUCAAUUGUAUGUAUCACAUAUUAAACAUUAAAGGGGCUAGACACCAGAUGGUCCCAAAAUCUGCAAAUACAUAAUUUCUACAUGUAGUUGGAGUCUGAUAAUACAUCGUUUUACAUGAUUAAAAUAAUAAAUGCAACAAUUAUGCUGCUGUCUCAUCUGUGUUUCCCUGUUUAAAAAUAGCGCACAAUGGUUUCGCAGUUUAAAUCAUAUCUGUUUUUGGGUAAAGAUAAAUACCAACACUUUUUUAAAUUUACUGGAUUUAAAUGAUAGACAACCCCUCAAAAUUUUGAUUUGGAAAAAUGCACAAAUAAUGCGAAAGAUGCAUGAGUCACAAGCUAUGUGAUACAUCAAUAAGUAAAAUUCAAUGCGUUGUACACAAACAUUAAUGUCAAGUUUUAUGUAAGUUUUUGACAGUCUUCUUUUUUUUCUUGCAAUUAUAUCAACUAGUGUGUAGCCCCUUUAAGUAAAAUAUAUUAAACUGACUUUUUUUAUUUAUAUCUAAAUGUGUAUACACAAGUGUAUGUGUCUGUAAUUACUAAUUAAAACAUUUGUUCUAUUGGUGUAUAAUAAUACAUUCAGCCAGAUUUUAAGUGUACUGUAUGUUGUACUGCUUAGAAGUAUCAUUUCAUUCGUUCAUGAUCACAAUGAAGAAAGACCUUGAAGCACUGUGUCAUAUUGCAAAAAUUACUGGUUGUGUGUAACCAAACUGUGAAAUUGUCUGAGGUUAUGUGUACAUAGCGUUCUAAUGUCAUGUACAUAGCGUUCUAAUGUCAUGUACAUAGCGUUCUAAUGUCAUGUUCUUAGCGCGUACAUAGCGUUCUAAUGUCAUGUACGUAGCGUUCUAAUGUCAUGUACGUAGCGUUCUAAUGUCAUGCACAUAGCGUUCUAAUGUCAUGUACAAAACGUUCUAUUGUCAUGUACGUAGCGUUCUUAUGACAUGUACAUAGCGUUCUAAUGACAUGUACGUAGCGUUGUAAUGUCAUGUACAUAGCGUUCUAAUGUCAUGUACGUAGCGU